CCUGCAAGAACAAACGUGGUUAAUGCCUUGCAGUGCGUUCAAUGGGCUCAGGGGGCUCUGAGAGGCUCAAUUCACCACCCUGACACUUGUCAUUCUCGUGGGGGCUGAUUCAGCCUCCAGCAAACAAGGGAGAAGCCCGUAGAUCACUUUGUACAUUACACUGCGUGUAAAUUGCAUUGCAGUGCAUAUAAAGGUUCAAUGGAAUGAUGGACAAGUGCAGGGCAGACUCAGUUCACUGUGACUAUAAGCCUUGGGCAAACCAAUAUGUUCUGCAAAACACAGAACCUGGCUGUGAUUAAACCUAGAGACAUCAAGGAGUGGUUUUAUUUCCAUAGAUAAGGAAAAAAUGUUUGUUUAGAGACUGGCUCUCACAGCCUGAAGGCAAAGCUGCAGGCUGAGCUGUGGGACUGAGGCAAGGCAGGAGGACUGGCUGCAAAAGGGACGUGGACACUGUUCCACUGAAGGUUGCAGGUUUGGGGCUAUCUUUAUGCCACUAAAUGGGUUUAGAAAUGCAAGUUUGAAUCGUGUGGCAGCGAUGCCAUUACGAAACAUGGAGCAGAUGGUGCUGCGGGCUGACUGGGAGCUGUUAGCAGGCUGUCUGAAGUGUUGAUGCUGGCUGAGCACUGCGAGAAUGGGAACCGCUCCAUGACAGCUUUGCACAGGAAAUGUGGGAAUGAGCUGCCGCCGUGCUGGGCUGCCAGAGCUGAGUGUGACAGCGGUGGCUGGAGGGAGAAGCCUGAUUAAAAGCACCAGAGAGAUUUGUAGCCUUGAACCAAAGUGUAUCACCCCAGCCAAGCCCCCUUGACAGUUACUGUGUGCUUCUGGGCACGCUGAGCGAUUAAAAGGAGCCAAAGAAUUACUGUGCAGAUAACAAUGCUGCUAAGGCAGAAACAGGUAGAAACACAGAUUUCCUCCUUUCUUUGCAGGCCUGGAGGAGCUGCCAGCCACCAACUCACGAUGGCCAACGGGAGCUGGGCCACAGAUCGAGAACAGCUCCUGAGGAGGGUGCAGGACCUGGAGGAGCAGGUGAAGCAGCUGCAGGAGAAGCUGUCAGAGGGCAGGGAGGGCACUGCAGCGAAGGACACCCCUCCGACCUCCAGGAAAUCCAAGAAGCAGCAGCGGCCGUUUGAUUUCAGUGCCCACGGCCGCAGGCACGUCGCACUGAGGAUCGCCUACCUUGGCUGGGGGUACCAAGGCUUUGCCAGCCAGGAGAACACCAGCAACACGAUUGAAGAGAAGCUGUUUGAAGCCCUGAAGAAGACACGGCUGGUAGAUGACAGGCAGACCUCCAACUAUCACCGCUGUGGGCGGACAGACAAAGGAGUCAGCGCCUUUGGACAGGUGAUUUCCCUAGAUCUUCGCUCUAACCUCUCGGAGGAAAAGAAACUCAAUGGUUCCACGGGUGACUCAGAGGGAAGAAGCAGUAAAUCUGAGGAGGAGAUCCGCUACACCCACAUUCUGAACAGGGUGCUCCCACCUGACAUCCGUGUGCUGGCCUGGGCCCCCGUGGAGCCAGACUUCAGUGCCCGGUUCAGCUGCCUCAAGAGAACCUACCGCUACUUCUUCCCCUGUGCAGACCUGGACGUGGCCCUCAUGCACGCUGCUGCCCAGCGCUACGUGGGGACACAUGACUUCCGUAACCUUUGCAAGAUGGACGUGGCCAAUGGUGUCAUCAACUUCCAGAGAACAAUUCUCAGCGCCCAGGUGACGUGGGUGGAUGGGGGAGAUGAAGGGGACCCGAGGGACCCGUUCCGACUGUGCCAGUUUGAGGUGACGGGGCAGGCAUUCCUCUACCACCAAGUGCGCUGCAUGAUGGCCAUCCUCUUCCUGAUUGGGCAAAGGAUGGAGGGCCCAGAGAUCAUCGAUGAGCUGCUGGAUGUGGAGAAGAACCCUCGAAAACCACAGUACAGCAUGGCUGUGGAGUUCCCCCUGGUCCUGUAUGACUGUGAGUUUGAGAACAUCCAGUGGCAUUAUGACAGGGAAGUGCAGGAGUUCAACGUUACCCACCUGCAGCAGCUCUGGGCCAGCUACGCCAUCAAGACUCAAGUGCUGCACAGCAUGUUACAAGGCCUGGAUGCUGCUCCCGUGGCUGCAGGGAAAGACCCAGCAGACGCCGUCCCCGUGCCCUGGGGUUCCCUGCAGCCCCCGGUGCUCAGCCAGGCCGGCAGUUUGAUGGAGGGUGGCCGUGCCCGGACCUACAAACCGCUGCUGGAGCGACCGCGGUGCGAGGGGCUGGAGUCCCGCAUCCAGCUGAGCCUGCGCAGGGGCCGGGGCCGGGCCGAGCGGGCAGCAAAGCGGCUGCGUACAGGGGAGCGGCCGGGGGGCAGCUCCUGAAGGAGCAAAUAUUGCUAUAGGUGCAAUUCGGGCUUUAAAUACAUUUUCCAUUGUGGUUUUUAUAAAUCUGUUGGCUUUAA